UAGCAAAAGCUACCAACCAACAUUGUUAUAUACACACACAUAGCAAGCAGAACAAACAUAUCAGAAGUUAGCUGCAUAACCCAGAGAAAAGUAAACACUGCAAUAGGAAGAGCUUUCAAAUGGCAGAGGGAAAAGGUAGAGUUUGUGUCACUGGAGGCACUGGGUUCCUUGGUUCAUGGAUCAUCAAGAGACUCCUUGAAGAUGGAUAUGCUGUUAACACCACUAUUAGAUCUGACCCAGGACGAAAGAGAGAUGUUAGCUUCCUCACAAACCUACCAGGGGCAUCCGAAAAGCUAAAAAUUUUCAACGCUGAUCUCAGCGACCCAGAAAGUUUUGAUCCAGCAGUUGAGGGAUGUGUUGGAAUUUUCCACACAGCCACGCCAAUUGAUUUUGCAGUGAACGAGCCUGAGGAAGUGGUAACCAAAAGAGCCAUCGAUGGAGCACUAGGCAUAAUGAAAGCAGGCCUAAAAGCAAAGACAGUGAAGAGGGUUGUUUACACUUCUAGUGGCUCCACCGUUUCCUUCAGCAGCCUUGAAGAAAAAGAUGUGGUGGAUGAGAGUGUUUGGAGUGAUGUGGAUAUGCUUAGGAGUGUAAAGCCUUUUGGUUGGUCCUAUGCAGUUUCAAAAGUGUUGACUGAGAAGGCUGUGCUUGAAUUUGGAGAACAUAAUGGGUUGGAAGUUGCAACUGUUAUUGCUCCUUUUAUUGUUGGUCCUUUUGUUUGUCCCAAGCUUCCUGACUCUAUCGAAAAAGCUCUGCUUAUGGUGUUGGGCAAAAAAGAAGAAAUUAGUGUCAUUCGUUACCAUAUGGUACAUGUGGAUGAUGUGGCUAGAGCACAUAUCUUCCUGCUUGAGCAUCCUAAUCCAAAAGGGAGAUAUAAUUGCUCACCAUUCAUUGUACCCAUUGAAGAGAUGGGUGAACUUCUUUCAGCCAAAUACCCGGAAUUUCAACUACCAACAGUAGACGAGCUGAAGGGAAUUAAAGGUGCCAAGCAACCACAUUUAACCUCCAAGAAACUUGUUGAUGCUGGUUUUGAGUUCAAGUAUAGCUUAGAGGACAUGUUUCAGGAUGCAAUUGAAUGCUGCAAGGAAAAGGGUUAUCUUUAAUCGAAUUUAGCCAUGAAGUUGACAAAAUAAAAUUGAUGCAUAUGGUUGUUAGUUUGAACUAUUUCAGAUCGAUGGCAAUCAUGACUAAUGACAUAUAUGUACAUCUAGGAAUGCAUGAUGUUACUCGUAAUAGAUGAAUGAGGAAAAUAAUCUUCUUCGUUUGUCUAAAUGCUAAAUAAACCAUUUAAUAUUUACGUUUUUAUGGUGAUUAUAAAUUAUAUUUGUCCGAA